CAGCAGUUGGAUUCACGUAGAGACCGUCUGCGGCGCUUUGUGCUUGGGGCUGCUGCUCCAAGGACCUUUGUUCCUGCUGAAGGAUGGCCGCAAAGAAAAAGGAGCUAGUAUCGCAGAUUAACAUCAAUAGCCAGGAGCUUUGGGAAGAAAUGCUGUGUCUCAAAGGACUCAUUGUUGUUGAUGCAUUUCAGACCUGGUGUGGUCCAUGCAAAACAGCAGUGGAUCUUUUCCGAAAAAUAAGGAAUGAAGUUGGCAGUGAUCUCCUGUGUUUUGCUGUGGCUGAAGUUGAUUCCAUCGAUGCUCUGGAAAAAUACAGAGGAAAAUGCAAGCCUGCCUUUCUGUUUUAUUCAGGAGGAGAAUUAGUAGCUGUUGUGAGAGGAGUGAAUGCACCAUUGCUGCGGAAGACCAUCCUGGAACAGCUGGCAGCAGAAAGGAAGGUUUUGGAACAUGGAGGAGAGCGUGUGGUGGUACAAGACAGAGCCUUCUCCCAAGAGGAGGGAAAUGCGGCUGCUUUUCAGGAAGAAUGACAGGAGGGCCAACCAGAGGCUAACGCUCCGUCGGGCCGGGGCCUGGUUUUCCAGCUGUCGUCAUGGAACGGACGCGGGAUUUCCCAAUAAAAGGAUUCGUGCAGCAGCA